AUGUUCGUGCAGGCUCCACUUCACUACCGCUACACUACGCUCCACCUACCCGAACAUCGAGACGGCGAACCAGUUCGGAUAUACCGAGUCACAAAGUUUGGAAGAAUAUACAGUGGUCAGAUCCGACUGCUCUCUCCCCAUUCUGCUGGUUUUCUAGACGAUAGUGAUGAUGAUGAUUAUAUUGAAUGUUGUCCUGAAAGCGAUCCUUCACCUGACACAAGCAAGAUUGAUACAAGUGAUUUGAAACAGGAGAUGCUGAUUCAAGCAGGCAUUACCCAUAAUGCAUCACUCCCAACAUCUCAUGUCACACAGAUGCUUCACAAGAGGCAACUUGGAAACUGUUGCAGGAAAGGAUUUACCCAUAAUGACCGCUCUCAGGUUGGGGCAGUUUUUCUACCAAAUCACCAGCGAACUGUUGCUCACUUUCCUGCAAAGGUUUUCUGUGGAACAUAUUCUAUGGAUGGUUCUGUCUUCUUAUCAGCUUGUCAAGAUCAGGUUAUCAGGGUAUAUGAUGUCAAGAAUGGAUACUUUAAGAAAUUCAAAGAAAUCAGAGCAAGAGAUGUAGGAUGGAGCGUUCUAGAUACAGCCUUUAGUCCUGAUGGCAACUACCUCAUAUAUUCUAGCUGGUCUGAUUGUGUACACCUAUGUAACAUCUAUGGUGAUUAUGAUACACACACUGCCCUCAACCUGCAUCCAUCAACAGAGGGCCAUUUCUGUGCCUUCUCUGUCCAGUUUUCUAAUGAUAAUAAGGAGAUAUUGGCUGGAGCCAAUGAUGGUUGUUUAUACAUCUAUGAUAGAGAAAAGAAUGAUAGAACAUUGAGGAUAGAGUCGCAUGAAGAUGAUGUGAAUGCAGUAUGUUUUGCUGAUAGUUCAUCACAGAUCUUAUUUUCUGGUGGAGAUGAUGGUCUGUGUAAGGUCUGGGAUCGACGCACAUUAAGUGAUUCUAACACCAAACCUGUAGGAACUCUAGCUGGUCAUAUGGAUGGUGUAACUUACAUUGAUUCAAAGGGUGAUGGUCGUCAUCUGAUAACCAAUUCCAAAGAUCAAUCCAUAAAGUUAUGGGACAUGAGGUGCUUCUCACCUAGCAAUGUAGUGGAGGCAAGCCGACGAGCAGUUGCUCAACAACACUGGGAUUACAGGUGGCAGCAAGUACCAAAGAAAUCCAAGAGAAAGAGAGGAGUGAAAGGAGACACAUCUCUGAUGACCUACCGAGGUCAUGGGGUUCUCCAUACAUUAUUGAGGUGUCGGUUCUCUCCUAAAUUCUCCACUGGACAGAGAUAUGUGUAUACAGCUUGUGCAACUGGAGCCAUUGUUAUUUAUGAUAUGUUAACAGGCAAAGUAGUGAGCAAGCUACCUGGUCAUAGUCAGUGUGUCAGAGAUGUAUCAUGGCAUCCAUAUGAAAACAAGAUAGUUAGCUCAGGGUGGGAUGGUAGUCACGUGAUACAUUAUUACAAGAGAGCUCGUAACUAUGAAGAUGAUGACUCUUCAGAUGAGGAUUACUAUCCUGAAUCAAGCAGUGAUGACGAUGAUGAUGAAGAUGAUAUCUUUGAACCAUUGAGACAUCCUAGGAGACGUCGUAGCAGACGCUUGGCAGAACAACGUAGACAGAGAUCACAUCUCGGAUGCCUUUGAUACAAGUUUCAAUGAAGGUUUUUACAGAUAUGUGAUUACUGCCAGGAUUAUGAACAUAUCAAGACUGUUACAGCAGUACUUCACCAAGUUGCAAUUCAUUUUAAAUCAUGUAUAUUUGAGAGAGUUGCAGUGGAGAUCAUUGAAUAUGAUGACUGAAUUAUCAAUUGUUGCCUUAAAUACUCUGAUUCACCAACUUUAAUCAAAUAAUGAGUGAUGCAAUACCCUUGUAUGCACAGCACUACUUGGCAUAUUGUGAGGGUGGGGAUGUUUGUGUCUGCCUCAUGUGAUGCUAUAAACAUAGCAAGUGCUGAUAUGUUGUCCUUAUGUUAUACUCCUUUGUAUCAUACCCAUGAUUAACACUAUAGCCAUGCAGUGACGAAUGGGUAAUUUCAUUCAUGUCCAUAAAGGUUGAUGUACAUUGUUGAAAAUCUAAUCUGAUGAAGCUAAAUUUUUGUGUGAAUAGACCCUCCAAUUGGCUGAUUCAGCUCCAUGCUGAAUCAAGGAAAGUUUUUAUACUUUUUUUCAAACUUUUCGGGUGACAAUCUGAGUGAUAAAAGGUGUUGUCAAUAAUUAUGGUGUUACAUUUGGUGUUACAUUAACACAGAUCAAUGAAUUAAAAGUACCAUUAAACAUAGUGGGCUUAUGACCUUAAUGUAUUUAGAUGAAUAUUUUGAUUCAUCUCUGCCUGUGAGCGUUUGAUCUGAAGCCAGAGAUUAAUGUCUCCUGUAUCCUAUAUAGAUAGAUGUUUCAAAACUGUUUAGACUUGUCGCACUUUUGUAAAUCUGUUUUCAGAUUAAAUGGUCUUCACUUAUUCCUUCCAUUAUCACAGGGAUAGUGGAAUGGUUUGGAAAGUGUAGGGGGGGGGGGGACUGAACAUUUGUGGUUACUGUACCUCCAGUUCCACAAGAAUUUCAAGGGAAAGUCCUCUCCUAUUGAUUUUCAAAUAUGUGCAUUCUGCAAUGCAUCCACUAAUUUGAACAAUAUUCAUUUGUACAAAUACAUGGACCUUAAGAAAAAAUUGAUUUUCUUAGUAAAUAAUUUCUUAUACAUGACUAUAGCUUGAAAUAUGAUAAUGACAUACAUAGCCAGGGGAUGAUGACAUGCUUCUGUAAUCCAGCACAAGCCUGCAAAAGGACUCUGUUGAUAAUGGCUCAAAGCUUUGUCCUGUUUAUUUAUAUCAUGUGUUUAAGUCCAGUCCAACAUGUUAUUGAUUGUCAUUUCUGAUUUUAAAGUCAAAUCGGAGAAAUCACAGAAUACACAUUCAUUCCAAAUUUUCUUUGAUAUCAAUGAAUGCAUCCUUGAAGGAAACUAAUGUUUUAUGAUCUGGUGAAUGUAAUCUCAACUCUCCCCAAAACUUCAUAAAGUCUUUAAAUACUUGAUAUGUUGUUUUUAUUUUUUUUAAAUAAUUUUUAAAUGAUUUGAAUGAUUUUCUGUCAAAUUUCAAAUCAUGCGUAUUAAAGGAGUGUAUGUACAACCUAGAAACUACUCUUUAUUGUGAACUUGAUUGCCCCCCAAAAAGAUAUCUUCCAUUUUAUUAUUCACAAUUUCCCAUCAUUUUUGGACAUGAUCCUGUUUUUAAUGCUUCUUGCAACCUAUAAUAUUGAAGACAAUGUUGAUUUAAACAUUUCCCUUGUCAGCUUAUUAUAUUCUGAACAUGUAUUAUUGAGCAAAUAUAGUCAAUUAUCAUGGAAUAUAGAUGUAUUGAUUGACAUUUUACAAAUGAUCUGUGUAUAAUACAGUGAUUGGUUUUAAAUGUGUUAUGAAAUAAUUAUUGUUGACAGAUAAAUCUUCCGAAUUAGUUACCCAACAGAUUUUUAGUCAGUUUUAGGAAGACUAGAAAAUUUGAAACCUAGAAUCUACUGAAUCUUAGGUUGAAAAAUAUUAACAUGAUUGAGGGAUCAGACUGAUGUUGGAAAGUAAUGUCUACUUUACCAUUUUAUUUUUUUAUAUUAUCAUGUAUAUGAAAGCCCUGGAUUUCGUGUUAAUCAUUCUUUUAACACUUUUCCUUCAUUAUUAUUUAAAAAAAGAUUAAAAGCAGAUUGUAUUAGCGAUGGAGACUAUGCAAAUAAUCUGUUCUAAUUAAGAGAGUAAAAUUCUUGAAGGAUACUAGCUUUUCUAAUAUAUUUGUUGAAGAUUGCGUAUGAGGUAUAUAUUUGUUAAAAAUUUUCUCUGGUUAAGUGUAAUGCUAUAACCGGUAUGCACUUGAAUUCACCACAUAGUCUAUUAGUGAUAUUAGUGAUGAAUGAUCGAUAUUUAGAGAAUAUUGACUGGCCUUAAGGGGAACAUUAAAUAUAUGGCCCGCAACAAUCCUUUUUUCUUGAAGCCUCAUAGACGUGGGCAAAAUCUGGCCUCUCUAUUAAGUGCAAUAUAUUUGAUAUUCCCUCAAAGUGGAGCCAGUCAGUAUUGUUAUUGUAAUACAAAUCGGACAUCUAUAGCAAAAUCAUGAAAGUACAUGGAGAUAUUUAACCCUUCAGAAAUAGGUUUUUGUGUGUGUCAUGUUUAUAUUAGGAGCUCUUAGCUCUACCAUUGUGAUAUAAUUAUACACAGGGUUGUAGUGAAGGCUGUUACUUCUAAGUCAAGAAACCGCUAGAGAACACAUCCUAUAGAAUUUGUACUUGUGCCUCGGGCCAAGGCCGCGGUCAAGGCUGACAAAAUUUCACCUAAUGCCCGCUUCAAAUACAUCCCCGAUUAUAGGACAUGACGUAAGUUGUUUCUGGGCGGAUACUAUCUCAACUUGAUAUGUAGCUGGGCAUUUUCACCACAGAUGGACACAGAGGCAAAAAAAUCAAGUUGAUAUUCAUGUCAAAUGCUUUAUGUUUUUUAAUAAAACAAGACCUGAAGUUUCUGAGACAAAAUUUUUUUCCGACUCUGGCAGCCAUUUUUAUUUCAAAAUGGCUGCCAAAGUAUGGAUACAAAUUAGUGUUGAAAAUAGUAUAUUGAUACAUAUUUUGUUUUGACAGAUUUUUAAAGAACAGGUUUGAUCAUGAUGUUUUCGCCUGUGAUUUAGCUUGCUAUUAUAACACUUUUUAAAAUCCCAUAGAAAGAAACACCAGUAAUUCAUUCAUCUGAUAAAAAAACAUUGAUGAAGUAUGUGAUAUGGUAUGUAAUGUCAGUUACCGAAAACAUGAACUUUUUUUUCUCAUUUCCUGGAAAAGAGGAUAUAUUAUAUGAAACUUGGUAGAUUUCCUCUCUAGGUAACACCUUUCCCUUCUACACCAAAAUUAAAGAUUACCAAUUAACAAUGAAGCCAUAGGGUACCAUUAAAUAUAUGUAAUGUCAGUUACCAAGUGGAAAAUGUAAUGUCAGUUACCGAGAUGUAAUGUCAGUUACCAUGAUAAAACGUUGGUUACCAAUAUUGAAAUGCAAAUAUGUGGUCAAUUUUAUGGUGAAGAAAUAUUGUAUACUUGUUAUUAAAGUCUUUCACUUUAAAAGUCA